AGUGGGGGCGGGGCCGGAUUCGAACCGGACGGCGGGGAAGCGGCGGCCAUGGCGGCGCAGCAGCAGCUCGGCCGGGAGCACCAGGGCAUCACCCUGCGCGGCAGCGCGGAGCUCGUCGCCGAGUUCUUCUCCUAUGGAAUCAACAGCAUCCUGUACCAGCGGGGCAUCUACCCCCCCGAGACCUUCACCCGUGUGCAGAAGUACGGGCUCACCCUGCUGGUCACCACGGACCCCGAGCUGGCCAACUACCUCAACAACGUGACCGAGCAGAUGAAAGAGUGGCUGUACAAGUGCAUCGUGCAGCGCCUGGUGGUGGUCAUCUCCAGCAUAGAGAGCAGCGAGGUCCUGGAGCGGUGGCAGUUUGACAUCGAGUGUGACAAAACUGCAAAAGAUGACAAUGGACCACGGGAGAAAUCUCAAAAGGCAAUUCAGGAUGAAAUUCGCUCUGUCAUCAGACAAAUAACUGCCACAGUAACCUUCCUGCCACUCUUGGAAUCUGCCUGUGCCUUUGACUUGCUGAUCUACACAGAUAAAGAUUUGGCAGUGCCAGAAAAGUGGGAAGAGUCAGGACCACAGUUCAUAGCCAAUUCAGAAGAGGUUCGGCUGCGUUCCUUCACUACCACAAUCCACAAAGUCAACACCACAGUGGCUUACAAGAAGGAUUCUGUUCCCUAAGAUGCAGGGGCAAGUUUUGUGUGUGUAAAUAUCCUGUCACCUUGUAUAGUUUCUGUUCAUCACGCAGCUAAGCUAUCAGCAUAUCAUUACUGUCCUCUUGAUAAAGUAUGACACAAAGACAAUAUGCAUAUCUGUGAUAAUGUGACACUAGACUAAGCUGGCAUUUUAAAAGAGAUUUUAAAAAGGUAUUCAUAGUCAUAGUUCAAUUCUUACUUUACUGUAUGAGCUAAACUAAUGGUGUGUUAAACCACUGCCUCUGCUAGAAAAACUGCCUAAAUCUAGGAUUAGCUGCUAGAGUUGUAUUAUUUUUAAACUGCAUUCUGUUAGCAGUCUUAAAUUCUCUGUAGCAACUAAAAUAACCUCAUUCCUAGUGUGCCAGUUUUCAUGUUAGAACUCUGGGCUGUUUUAUUACCAGAAAUAACCCUAAAACAAAGCAACCAAACAAUUCUUGUACUGCUCUACAAUGGAAGCAUCUGUUCAUCAGGAAAACUUUAAACAUAUGAAGCCUUCUUUUUUUAAUGACCACUGGGCUCUAGUUCUGCAGACAGAGUUGUUCUGUGUAUGUCUGUAGUGUCUGUCCAGCAUUUUCCAUGUUUCUAUUCUUGUUUACAGAAUAAAGCUUUGGGUUUUAUAGUGUUCUCUAA